GAAAAUGCCGAGAUCUACCUGUCUCUAGAAUGAUUACUUAAUUAUUUACUGAAGCUUUUGGGGGCGGAGAACAUAAGAAAGAUUUUGGACUCUCUAGACUUUCAAUUUGCCUACUAUAGAAUGCUAUUUUAUAAUACUGUCCAUACAAAUAGCAUCAUAGGUAGUAUAGUAGAAUAUUCUACUCCUAUUGAUACAUCUAAAGAAGAGAAAAUUGUAUCAAAACCCCUGCUAGGAAUCUGACUUGAAUGAGUGGAUAUAAAAUCUCCAAAAUCUCAGCUGACGAUUAGAUGGCUACAUAGCUUAUAAUAUUUUAUGUCUGGAUCAUGCCGCCCCGCGGCCUAUUCCGCAGUCUUGGACGCAGAGCCUUGAAAAAUAAAAUGCUUGGGCCGAGGACCUUACAGAUAGAAUAGAUGUCGAUUUUUUUUCCUACGAAUGAACCAGCGAGAAUGCAAGAAUACUCAGUAUGCCAAACUUCAAUCCAAACAGCAGAGCGGCAUCUUUGGAACCUGAACAAUACCUGAUUUGAGACAACACUUUCCAAGAGUCAUUGAUUCACGUUCAAGAUCGUCUCCAAGAUCGUAACCCAGAUCGUAUCCGAGGUCAUCCUCAAGAUCUUGGAUACGAGCUGAUUGGUUCAAUUCAGGUUAAUUCACACCGUCGUAAUGGGUACAAUCCUUUCCGGAAUCCGUUGACUGGCGCAGAUAAAGUUCGAUAUCGUCUACAAGAGUUGAUGGAUGCAUUCGCACCGCGAGAUGUUGGAACUUAUGUAUACAAAGAUAUCAAUUACAAUGAGAAUAUUCGAGUAUUGCAAAUUUUGCCUGGUAAAAGAAGUUCCCCAAUUUGUUGCGUUUUGCUACCUGGCGCGCUGCCAGAUUCGAACCACAAUACCGAUUCAAAAUUGAAGGAGCUCGAGUACACGGCCUUAUCCUAUUAUUGGGAUGAUGAUGACCCAGUGCACGAAAUUAAUAUAUACGAAGAAAGUCCAGAAGCGAGUUUAUGGCCUUUUAAAACGAGGUUUAUUUAGAAAAUUCUCAAAGAGGCACUUGUGCAGCUACGAUCGGAGCACGAGGAGGUGUAUUUAUGGUGUGAUGCUUUAUGUAUCAGUCAAGCAAAUAAAAAGGAGAAAGUUGCACAAGUUGCACGAAUGCAUGAAGUAUACACUCAUGCGGAAAAAGUUUGUGUUUGGUUGGGAACAAAUGGUGAUCAACAGGGGGAAAUAGAUGGUCCAAGACGCACAUUUGAUUUCUUGGGGAGGAUUCUAGAUCUGGAGGUACCCGGAUCGGAUUGUCGAUAGGUAAGAAGAUAGGGAAGAUUGGGUGCUCAUUAUUAAUUUAAUGAAGAAGAUUGGUUCAGGAGGCGAUGGGUCAUACAGGAACUUGCACUCGCGAAGAACGCUUGAAUUCGAUAUGCGGAUCAGGAGAUGAAGUGGAUGGAAUUUGCUGAUGCGAUUGCCUUAUUCAUCACCAAGUUUCCGAAAAUGAAACGAGCUCUCAAUAACUCGAAUAAUAACGACUUUGAGAGUUUGAGGAGACCGGGUGAGUACCUUGGUACUCUGGACGCUCGCGCAUUGGGUGCUAAUAUAUUGGUCACUGCUACCUCUCGCUUAUUUCGCAGAUCUGACGAUGGACGAAUCGAGCAACGGUUAUUGAGUUUGGAAAUCCUUGUAUCUUCACUACCUUUGGCAUUUGAAGCUACCGAUCCCAAGGAUACGAUAUUUGCAGUCCUAUCUAUCGCUAAAGAUACUUGGAAUAUGGAUUCUGAGCUCGAUGCAGGGAAACGAUGGCUGGAUUCCGAAAGACGACCCGUUAUCUUUAAAGUUCUACUGUUUCUUUGCAGAUAUUUCGUAUGGCCAUUCAUUAAUCUACUUACCAAAUUAUUCUAUACACCAUCAUACACUUCAGUGACAGUUUUGUACCCACGUAUACAGCCCAAUUACCGAAAAUGUCUCUCAGAUGUGUGUGCGGAUUUCAUGGAGUAUUGCAUUGAAAAGUCCAACUCCCUCGAUAUUCUCCGCCGGCAUUGGGUUGCUAGACCUAAGCCCAAAACUGCACGCGAAAAAGUACGAAACAGAAAGCCUCCUUGCGAAGGCGAGAAAAUGCCUUCUUGGAUCUCUAGUAUCGAGCGCUACGCGUUUGGUUCACCGAGAGAAGCGAAAAAGGGAAGGAUUAAUGGAGAUAGUUUUGUAGAUGGAUCGGGUCGCUCUCGAUAUAAUGCAUCAUUUGGACUAGCACCCCGCGUCCACUUUGAAAAGAGGAAUCGCUAUGAUUUUAAAAAUGACAUUUUAAAUCCCGCAAAGACAGGAGAGCCAGUUGUGAAACCUUUGCAUGCGAAAAAGCAGGAGAAUAAUCAACUACCCCCAAAUUCGACGGUACGAUGUAUGUGGAAGGAUUCCAGCUCGACGUUAUCAAAAUACGAUCGGAUGCCGUGAAUAGUGGUGUGAUUACAUUCGAAGCAUUGCAGAUGGGAGAAUAUAAAGAAGAUUCUUUUACUGGGAAAUAUGAACCGAUUGAUGCGUUAUGGAGGACUCUCGUAGCAGAUCGUGGGCCAGAUGGCGUUAAUGCACCUAUUUGGUAUCGCAGAGCUUGUGCAUAUUGUCUAGAUAUAUUUUUACCACUCGAUCCAUCGGGGGAUUGGAAUACAAAUGAUCUGAGAACGAUACAGUAUGCACCAGCAGCUAUGCUUAAAUUUCUGGACCGGGUUCAAGCUGUAGUUUGGAGAAGGAGGUUCUUUUUGACGAGUGGGGUAAAGGGAAAGCAGUUGUUCGGAUUAAUGCCGAAUGAGGCGAAGGAAGGGGAUGUGGUUUGUAUAUUAUUGGGGUGUACAGUGCCCGUUGUUGUGAGAAGAGAGAAUGACGGUGGGAAGGGGGAGGGGGGUUGGAUUUUUGUGGGCGAGUCUUAUGUUCAUGGGAUGAUGGAUGGGGAGGCUGUAACAGGAGAUUGGCCAAAGAAGUUGGAAGAGUUUAGAUUGAGGUGAUGAAGUGAGUGGAACUUUAUGAUAUGACAUGGAAUGGUGUGGGAUGGAAUGGAAUGGGGUAGUUGUUAAGUGUGU